UGCAAUGCGCCUUUCAAUGGGACAACAACGCAUAAGAUCCUUCAGCGGCACUGGACCCGGGUUGUUGUGACAAGUCUGAGGAGCUUUCAUUACGCUUGAACUCCGGGAUAAGACAGCAACACCGCAUCCCAGGAACAGAGGUGCAGAUUGCUAUUGGAUCUGGAUGGCCAGUGAUUUUGGUUAUUAGCAAAGACCGAACAAGGAGAGUGAAAAUGCCUCGGUCCUUCUUGGUGAAGAGUAAGAAGGCGCACAGCUACCACAAACCUCGCUCCUUAGAAGAUGACUACAGUAGACUGGAUACUGUCUUAGCUCAUAUAUGUGCAGAGAAUAGUAAGAUUCUGGAGGACUCGGAUGCGUUGACAGGAGGCGAUGCCAUCCGCGGGUUCUCCCCAGACUCUCACCUAGUGGACACGGCUGACUUCUCCUCCAAGUCCACACUCAGCUGUGGGGACAGUGUGUGCAGUCCAGCUUCAGUUUAUGAAGACUUCUGGCGGCCUCCAUCGCCUUCAGCAUCACCAGUAGAUUCUGAGAAAUCCCUGUCCCCGGUGGACGAGACACAACCCUUCCCCGUUGUUCCCUUCCGGCCCUAUGCGUGGAAAAGUUACUCUGGUUCGGACAUCCGUCACCUGGUCCAGCAGAGUCUCCAUCCCCAGCACCACCACCCCAUGGACUUGAAGAGAAGCCCGGCGAUAGGGUACUACAGCGACCGGGCCAUCGAACCAACCCUCUUUAACAGAAGUCCGGUAGCAGAAAAGGACAGUGAUUACCGGUCCGCUGCCGGUCUGUUCGAGAGAGCCGUCGCACCCGGGGUUGGGUUGUACUCUGAAGGGAACCUGCACGGGAAAAGACCAGAAAUCAAGGCUGAGUCUGACUUACCCUGCUCACGGUUCAUUCUGAAUGGUACCUACAAGUGCAUCAAAUGCAGUAAGGCGUUUUCGACUCCCCAUGGGUUGGAGGUUCACGUUCGCAGAUCACACAGUGGCACGAGGCCCUACGCUUGUGAUAUCUGUGGCAAAACAUUCGGACAUGCUGUCAGCCUCGAGCAACAUAAAGCUGUGCACUCUCAGGAAAGAAGCUUUGAUUGCAAAAUAUGCGGUAAAAGCUUCAAAAGGUCGUCGACUCUCUCCACGCAUCUCCUCAUCCACUCUGAUACACGGCCUUACCCAUGCCAGCAUUGCGGGAAGAGGUUCCACCAGAAAUCAGACAUGAAGAAACAUACAUUCAUCCACACAGGUGAGAAGCCGCACAAAUGCCAAGUGUGUGGGAAAGCGUUCAGCCAGAGCUCCAACCUCAUAACGCACAGCCGGAAACACACGGGCUUCAAACCAUUUGGAUGCGACCUCUGCAGCAAGGGAUUCCAGAGAAAAGUCGACUUAAGAAGACACAAAGAGUCACAACAUGGACUAAAACCCUCAAGCUAAAAUAAAAUAAAAGAAUGGACACCAAACACUAUAAAACAAAACACUUGUUUUUGGAAACCAGACAUAAGCUACUGUAGCUAUCCAUUCCUCAAACAUUUCAGACUGUGAUUUACUGGUGGAGAGUUAUAGAGGCUUUUGUGCAGUGUAGGUUAAGACAAAACCGGGUUGAACUAGGGAGGGACACUAUCUGAACACAAAAUAUUUCUACAAAAUAACCAGAUAGGUAAUAACCCCAAAGAAAGCGCGUUAACAAAAACAACAGACGACCAAUUUCCAACGGACAAUUGGGAAAAUAGACCUUGUCUAAAGAAUGACAGACACUUUGUUUUUAGUUGGACGCCAUGGAUACUGGCACAACAGUCACUACAAUAAGGCUAUGUGAUUUAAUAAACAAUGGUUGUGUAUUUAUUUUAAAAAACAAUGUUAUUUUCAUUUUUUUCUUCUUAGAAUUCAAAUAGCACAUUUGUAUUUUAUAUUAAGAAUAUCAACUCUACGGUAUAUCCAGGUGUCAUUUACUAUA